GACCAAGAGGAGGGUGACAGGGUAUUUCAGUGCCUUGCAAGAUGGCAUCACCUCUGCCCUGGCUAUACAUUAUUUUAUGGCUAGAUGAUGUCCUGGGGAAUCUUGAAGAUGAAGGAAAUCUCUACUCAGAGAACAUCAGCCGGAUCCUGGACAACUUACUUGAAGGCUAUGACAAUCGGCUGAGGCCAGGAUUUGGAGGUGCUGUCACUGAAGUCAAAACAGAUAUUUACGUGACCAGUUUUGGGCCCGUUUCUGACGUGGAGAUGGAGUAUACAAUGGAUGUUUUCUUCCGCCAGACCUGGACUGAUGAGAGGCUGAAAUUUGGGGGGCCAACUGAGAUUCUGAGUUUGAAUAAUUUGAUGGUCAGUAAAAUCUGGACACCUGACACUUUUUUCAGGAAUGGCAAGAAAUCAAUUGCACACAACAUGACAACCCCUAAUAAGCUCUUCAGAAUAAUGCAAAAUGGAACCAUUCUGUAUACCAUGAGGCUUACCAUCAAUGCUGACUGUCCCAUGAGGCUUGUUAACUUUCCCAUGGAUGGCCAUGCAUGUCCACUGAAGUUUGGCAGCUAUGCUUACCCCAAAAGUGAAAUCAUAUAUACAUGGAAAAAAGGACCACUUUACUCAGUAGAGGUCCCAGAAGAAUCUUCAAGCCUCCUCCAGUAUGACCUGAUUGGACAAACAGUAUCUAGUGAGACAAUUAAAUCUAACACGGGUGAAUACGUAAUAAUGACAGUUUAUUUCCACUUGCAAAGGAAGAUGGGCUACUUCAUGAUACAGAUAUAUACUCCUUGCAUUAUGACAGUCAUUCUUUCCCAGGUGUCUUUCUGGAUUAAUAAGGAGUCUGUCCCAGCGAGAACUGUCUUUGGAAUCACUACUGUUUUAACCAUGACAACUUUAAGCAUCAGUGCCCGGCAUUCUCUGCCCAAAGUGUCGUAUGCAACUGCCAUGGAUUGGUUCAUAGCUGUUUGCUUUGCUUUCGUCUUCUCUGCCCUUAUUGAGUUUGCAGCUGUAAACUACUUUACCAAUCUUCAGACACAGAAGGCCAGAAGGAAGGCACAAAUUGCAUCUCCAUCUCCAGUGACACUAUCAAAAGCGACUGAACGCUUGGAAGCUGAGAUUGUUUUGCACCCUGAUGCCAAGUACAAUCUGAAGAAAAGAAUCACUUCUCUGACCUUGCCAAUAGUUCCUUCCUCUGAGGCCAGCAAAGUCCUCACCAGAGCUCCCAUCUUGCAAUCCACACCUGUCACCCCACCGCCACUCUCUCCAGACUUUGGAGGCACAAGUAAAAUAGACCAGUAUUCCCGCAUUCUCUUCCCGAUUGCAUUUGCAGGAUUUAACCUUGUAUACUGGGUAGUUUACCUUUCCAAAGACACGAUGGAAGUGAGUGGCAGUGUUGAAUAGUCUGUAGCCAGGACAACUUGGAUACAACAAGAUUUCAUUUUCUUUAUAUAUAUAAAAAAAAAAAUAGAAUGGAGAUUUAUGUAGAUGCUUUUCAAAUCAUGAACUCAAAAUUGAAAAUCUGUAACAAAUAGCUCUGAAUAAGCAUGUAUGGGCCAUAAAAGCAAUAAUGUUACCCCUCAAAAUUGGAAGUUGAAGGUUGCUGAAAAAUACGACUUUUCAGUACAUUAGAGAAAACUCUUAUAAGUGGGUAAGAUGGAUUCAAGAUGACUUUGCCCAAAUUUUCUUUCGUCGUUGAAUGUUUUAAUUGCCACUGUGAAUAACAUUUACCACAAAGCAAAUAUAAGAAGAAAUGUUGACACCUCCAAAGGUUACCUUAAAAUAUGUUUAUUUUGGCUUAGUUCCAGGAGAGCAAAAUUAUGCAUACUGCCUAAAUAUGUAUCAGUAGCUUAAUGCCAGCAUGUUGGAGGUCUUUAUGCUAGUAAAAUGGCUUUCAGUUGCAUUGUAAAGCCUACAUUGAGUUUAGCCAUUUGUUUUUAACCUCUUUGUGCUUUUACCUCAAUAAAGUACAGUGUUUGUAUACAUAUGCAUUGUACAUGGAUCAUAAACUAUGUAUGCAUCUGUACAUAGCUUUGGUUAUUCUUUUAAUCUCUCUCUUUAAAAUUAUAUGGUUAAUACAAUUCCAUGAAGUUGCAGAAAAAUGGUGAUUAAAAG